AUGCCCGCCUACAACUCCGUCUUCAACGGCGACCCCUCGCCGCGCCUGGUCGGCAACUUCCCGCUGCUGCCGCUGCGCACCAAGACGCGCGGCCCGGCCUACACGCUCCCCUACCCGAACCCUCCCGUACCGCUCAACGACGCACCCGAGCCCGACAGCGAGAGCUACGACAUCCUGGACGAGGUGCUGCUGCUCUUUCGCGCAAACACCUUCUUCCGCAACUUUGAGAUCCAGGGCCCCGCCGACAGGGUGCUGAUAUACGGCAUCUUGUUUGUGAGCGAGUGCCUGACCAAGAUCAAGCCGACCGCCGGGGUGCGCGACGCGACCAAGGAUGUCCAGAACCUAGCUCUCGACAACAACUUUGCCAUCCCAGGGGACCCGGGCUUCCCACUGAACCAGAUGUACGAAGCACCCCGCGACAGACAAGACGCUGAGCUUCUUCGUCAGUACAUGGCGCAAUGCAGGCAGGAGCUGGCAAUUAGACUAUUGGCACGAGUGUACGAGGAGGGUGGUGACGGAAAGCCAAGCAAGUGGUGGCUGAGCUUUACGAAGCGCAAGUUUAUGGGAAAGUCGCUUUGA